AUGAUAUUUUUAUCAACCUUAAUAAAGAUUGGAGCAAGUUUGGUGGUCUUGUCAGGCUUAACAAUUUGUUAUACUUAUUAUUAUCCAAAUAAUAAUAGUGAGAUCUUAGAGGGAAGUUUAUCAACUUAUUAAAGAGAGUAAGUUGUGUCAAGAGAUAGUGAAAUACCAGUGGAAUCAACGCUAAAUCAUGAAAGAUCAAUAUUAAAGAAACAUACAGCAGGAAAUUGGUCUCCGAUGAGAACAUAAGUAGAUUAUUCAAAUUUGGAGCCCUUUGUUAAGAAAAAUUAAUUUGCUUUCAUAAAGGAAAAUCUAAUAACUCCAGCAUUAGCAUUUUUAUAAACUGCCUUAAAAGUUUAUCCAAGAAUAUCAAAUACAUUUGUAAGUUAAAAAUGUGGUGGAUAUAGCAUAUAAAACCUAUUGAAAACUGGUUAAAUAUUUGAUUUGGGAAUCCUAAUGGCUGCAUCUAAUGAUCCUUAAGGAAAUUGGUGGUUGAGAGGUGUGUCUUGUGAAUUGGAUAGAGUGACAAAUAGACCAAUAUUAGGCACUUUAUAGAUAAAUCUGGCAAUUUUUAACCAAGUUAAUGUAGAUAAAAAUAAUAAUGAAGAAUGGGAAUAUUGGUUGUAACAAACAUUACAUGAAAUGAUUCAUUUAAUUGGGUUUAAUAGUGUAUUAUAUCCUUAUUAUGUUAAUGCAAAUGAUAAUAAGGUUUUGGGAUUAGAUAAUGUAAUCAGAACAUUCAAGAAUAGAUAAUAUAUAAUAUUACCACCAGUUUUAGAUAGAGUGAAAAGACAUUUUUCUUGUAACUCUGCAGUAGGAGCAUUAUUAGAAGAAAAUGGUGGAUAGGAUAUAGCAGGAUUCCAUUGGGAGAGAGUAACAUUUGGUAAUGAAAUAAUGACAGGUGAUCCAUUUCCUGAUUAAGUCAUAUCAGAAUUCACUUUAGCAUUAUUAGAAGGAACAGGUUGGUACCUUCCAAAUUAUACUUAUGCCUAAAAUUUUGGAUGGGGUUUGGAUGAUGGUUGUACAUUGACUACAGGAGCUUGUUCAGUAGUUUAUGAAGAGUUUUGUAAAGUAAAAGAUUAAUCUGGUUGUUCUAAUAAUUUUAAUAGUCUAAGUGGUUGUUAUACAGGAGAUUAAUUAAGUUAAGGUUGUAGUUAUUGGAGAGAAUAAAGCGAUUGUAGAUUUAAAUCAGAUUAUAAUGAAAAGUUAGCAAAAGGAACAGGUGGAUCAAUAGGAAUGAAUUCACAAUGUUUUAUCACAUCAUUAGCCUAAGAUGUGUUUGCUAAUGCAAGAAGCAGUUGUUAUAGUUCUUAAUGCGUAAAUGGUAAGGUAAUAUUAGAUGUUAAUGGAACAUCAGUAAUUUGUUCAAGUAGUGGAUAAGUUACAUCAGUGAAAUUAGGAUAGAAAAAUGGUACAAUAACAUGUCCAGACAUAACAAAGUUCUGUGCUUAAUUUAGAUCAUGUCCUAAUAACUGCAGCAAUAGAGGAGUUUGCAUUAGUAACAAUACAUGUAAAUGUUGGAGUGGAUAUUUAGGAAAUGAUUGUUCCUAAAGAUAACCAUCAGCAUGAUAUU